UCCUCCUUCUUCUACCUCCCCUUCUUCUCUUGCUCCUUGCUCUCCUUUGGCUCCUAAGACAUGCUCGUAUUGUGGAUAUUUGGCGAGACGCGUGAUGCAACCGGAAGCUUAGUUGCCUAGAAUCAGCUGCGACGAUCGCUUUUAUUCUCUCCCACUUCCCCUUUACACGAAACGCAGUCAAAUUGGCGCGUCUCGAUCGCCUUCCAGGGCUCUCUGGCUGGGCACAGACCGUUAGGAAGAGUUUACCUUCAUUGGUGUGCGACUCUGAACACAAAGGCAGGUCAGCGACCCAGCCAAAGACAGGGCCUGCUCAAUGGGCCGACAACACGCCCAAUAUGGCUGCCCAGGAGGAGAGCGGGAGGAGCUAUCUGAGCAAGCUGUCACCUUGGACACGAAGUCCAACAAUCAUGCCCAGUAAAGACAAAGAUGGAGAGCCAGAACCAGCACCAUUGCAACAACAAAAGGGAGCAGACCAUGUAAUCAGCCAUAGACACCGACUGAGCCUGCGGAAGUAUCCUCGAGAUUGCCCCAGGCUACGACCACAAUGGUUCCACGCCGUAGAUGUGCCCAAAAGACGACCCAACCUCAGCGGAGUAGUGAAGGAGGACGAGAAGCCACCUGGAGUGCCGAAGAAGUAUGCUUCGUUCUCGAAAACAGACUCGAAGGCGAUUGAAGCAGCAUUCCAGAAGCUGUUGGAGGAUGAAGAUGCAGAUGACAAGACGAGGACACCCAGUGGGGAUAUGACGCAAGGACGACUAGACGGCAAACCGAGUAAUGCAAGCCUAAAGGAGCGCACAGCUGGCAAUACUACCACGAGCAUCAAGGUGCCAGUCAACGAGGACUAUCUCUUCGAUGUAGACGUGGAGCAGCGAGAGCUAGGGCCGGCGUAUUGGCAUGGCCCAGUGUACGAUGUUCGCAGAGGGACGUGGUUCUACCAAGAUGGAAGUGUACAGCGGCCGUGCGAUGAGAACCUGGCCGCGCAGCUAGAAGAGGGUUACCUGAAAGUAAAAGCUUGGAAGCUACCGCCACCGCAGAAGGAUAUACCACUAAAAGCACGAUCAGCUUCGCAACCGAAGUCAAGACCAACUUCAUGGACGCCAGGGCAAGAUAUCAGUGCGCUAACAGAGCAGACUAUCCCGUCCAAGGGAUCCAGCUCAGAUCUUCGUAAGAAGGCUGUAGAAGACUCUGUAGCAGCAGGUAAGCCUACCGAGAGUUCGCGAGAUGAGCAUGCGCAGAAUACGUAUCGGCUGUUCGGAGCACACAUGAACAGUGUGGUAACCUAUCAGGACGCUACUACCGCUUGGCUAUUGACCGACGAUUGGAUGACACGGAUGAAUUACACUGUAUAUCAGCGAUUCACGUCCGGGUUCGCAGGUGUCAAAGUCACCCGCGGAUGGGUGAAUCCCGAGCAAAAGAAGGAGAGCAAAGACGAGAAGACUGGAAAGAUGGCCGAGGACAAAUCGAAGGCGUCGAAAGACGACCAGACAGGUGAAGACGUGGGGGAGAGCAAGAUUGAGCGGGUUAGCACAUCCGAGAACAUGCGACUAUCGCUUCAACGUCAGAUGUCAGCUCUGAUGGAGAAUCCGAGUCAAAGUGAAGAUCGUGCCAAGCAAGAAGAAGAGGCACGGAAACGUGAUGAACGGGAAAUAGAAGAUGACUAUCGCGAGACCGAGGGAGAUGAGCAAGGUCGUGAUAUCGAGCACCUGAUUCUCGUCACCCAUGGAAUAGGUCAACGGCUGGGCCUUCGCAUCGAAAGUGUGAACUUCGUGCACGAUGUGAACACUUUGCGCAAGACGAUCAAAGCAGUUUACGCAGAGUCACCAGAUCUCAAAGCUCUGAAUUCCGAGCUCGACGGUGCAGAAUCGGUCAACAGCCGAGUGCAAGUCCUGCCAAUCGCAUGGCGACAUCUGCUCGAUUUCCCCAAGCAAAGUCUACGGCACAAUCGCAAAGAGCACGAUCUAGGCGAUACUGAUAUUGACGAUGAGGACUAUCCAAACCUGGAAGAUAUCACGGUGGACGGCGUGCCUGCUGUUCGCAACCUCAUUACAGAUCUCGCUCUGGAUAUUCUGCUUUAUGAUUCGCCAGCAUACAAGGACCACAUCUCCAGUCUUGUGCUCAGCGAGCUGAAUAGAAUAUACCAUUUGUUCAUGGAGCGAAACCCCAGAUUCCAGGGCAAAGUGUCUUUUAUUGGGCACUCCCUGGGCAGCGCAAUCAUGUUCGACAUCCUAUGCCGACAGGAUCGACAGCCUAAGCGAAGAGGCGAGCCCAACAUGAAGCUCGACUUUGAGGUGGAGGACUUCUAUGCACUCGGGUCGCCUGUUGGUCUGUUCCAAAUGCUCAAUGGGCGCACGAUUGCAGCUCGUCAAAAGACUGGUCAGCACAAUCGUGCUGGUAGCCAUGUGGGCAGUAUGGAAGAUCCCAUGCUGGGAGCACCUUCAAAGAAGCAAAAGGAUGUGACGCCUGCACAUGUACAAGGCGAGAAUCCCGUGGCAAGGCCAAAGUGCGACCAGAUGUUCAAUAUCUUCCAUCCUACGGAUCCGAUUUCGUACCGCGUGGAGCCUCUCAUUUCGCCUGCAAUGGCGGCACUGAAGCCGCAGCCCUUGCCCUACACGAAGCGAGGCAUCUUUGGUGCGCCUGUCGGACAGGGUCUGACCGGCAUAGGCUCCCGAGUCAGUCAAAGUGUCAGCAGCAUGUGGACAAGUAUGGCGUCAAGCUUGCUGACGCGGGGGCUGGGGUACGGCGAAGAGCCUACUAGGGCUGGUCUCGUAGCCGCCAAGAGCAGCGUACCCUUGUCUAAGGGACUAGGGACAAACGUGCCAGUCGCAACCAGCAGUGGUGCUGGCACAAACAUUACUGCAGGUGGUGUUCUUCCCACUUUGAAUGCGGGAGAUGGUGAAGUUCAGCCUAUUGGCCAAGCGAGACACGAUCAAAUCGCUGCAGACGUCCAGGCUUCUCACAACAAGCAACUUCAUCCUCCGACGCUCAUUGACAACGAGCUCACCACUCUCUACAGCGACUUUGAGAAACGCCGGAAGUCAGUGCAGAAUGAUGCAGAGAACCGGGAUCUUGGAGCAGGAGGCACCAAAGGUACUCCUGAAUGGCAGGAGGCAGAAGAGCGAGGCAAGAAGUUGAGAAAAGAAGAGGACAAGGUCAGAAGACUGAACAGUAAUGGUCGCGUGGACUAUGCUAUUCAGGAAGGCGCUUUCGACAUUAACUUGAUCGCGGCUAUUGCGAGUCAUCUGUCGUAUUGGAGCGAUGAGGACGUCAGCCACUUUAUUCUCUCGCAGCUAUUGAGUCGGCAUCGCGUGGCACGGCCGAGCGCGGGUUCUGGUGGUGGUGGUGUUGGUGGUGGAAGUACAACCGCGAAGCCCAAGUGGGAUUCAGCAUAGGUAGCCUCUGUUCCACACAAUGUGCACUCUUUCCACGUCCCUUGUCACUCGUAUGUCCACGUCUGCCUUGUCCUCUUCGUCAUCGCCCAUUAUCCUUCAACCCCCGCGUGAGAGCAAGGGAGAGAGAGAGAGAGAGACCGGUAUCAAUCAAGGCAGCAUCGCCAACCUCCCAUUCCCAAUCCAUCCAUUCCAUACCCCCCACCCCCCAGCAGCACCAGCAAGCUCCCUCGCCAGAUCCUCCGCCGUCCUACCCCUCGCAUCUUUCAAACUCCGAAUAUCCACCAUCCCACUCUGAUCCCCCCGCAUCACCUCCAACGUCGCCGCCUCCUGAUACACCACAGCAGGGAAUUCCAAUUCAGGCAAUUCUGACGCCAAUAAUAACAGCAGCCAGGCCACUUCGCGAUGUCCGUGGGCCACUGCGGCGUGGAGACCGGAUUGCAUCCCAUUGAGAGGGUCCUGGUAGCGGAGGAUAUGGGAAGCGGGUGGUGAGGUGUUUUCUUCUUGUUGUUCUUCUGGGUUAUUGUUGUUGUUGGUGUUGCAGCUUUUAAUCAAGUCUGCAAUGGCGCGAUGAUCGCCUUGUUUGCAGAAUUCGAGAAAGGCGCGAGAUUUGCGCUCUUCGGGAUAGGCGUGCAAAUAGGAUUCUUCUUGCAGGAUGGGGAAGAUGUCGAUUUGGGAUUGGAAACCUCCUUCGUUGUGGAGAUUGACGAGGAUUUGGGGGUCAGAGGAGGUUCCUGUUGUUGUUGUUGUUGUUGUUGCAGAUGAGGAAGAUCCUGCUGUUGCUGCUGGGGUGGUGAUGUUUCGGCCGCAUUUGGGACAUGUUUCGAUUUCGUAGGAAUCGAGCAGGCAUUCCCAGUGGAAGUGGUGGCCGCAGGAGAGUUGGACGUCGUCUGGGACGGUGGCUGUGGCACCUUCAUCACCAUCAUCAUCACCAUCAUCCGUACUCAUGGGGAUGUCUCCCUCUGCGUCGGAGAGGACUUCCAAAUCCUCGUCAGCAUCACCAUCAUCAUCAUCAUCAUCAUCGUGCACUUCCACCACCAGUGGCUUUGCGCACUUGGCGCAUAAAGAAGACAUGAAUGAUGAUGAUGAUGAUGAUGUGUGUUUAGCUUUUUUCAGUGCUCGGUUGGACGGGGCUUUAUGGGAACCGAUAGAAAAGAAAAACCAUGUCAUCCAUGUCC